UGAAACAAACAAUGGAUUAACAGCUGUGCUAAUAAUGGAGUAGGCGGAUGUAGCUUUUGCACGUGUAAAACAAAAUGCUGAAAAAUGUCUCGUGAGUUUAUACAUCAUGUACAGCGGGUGUCCAGGCUCCUGCAGCCGAUCAAGAGUAUUCCGAAGGGCGGAGCUGUCAAGGGUGUCAAUGUCUCCAGGAGCUAUCAGCUGAUGGUCGACAUGGGUAUAAUCCGGCAAUCCUGCCCCGGAAUGUACACACUGCUACCACUGGGCAAUCGAGCCCUCGAGAAGCUCAAGGGGAUCAUCAAUGUCUCAAUGACAAAUAUUGACGCGCAAGAAAUUCUUCUGCCCAAUUUAACCGAUUCGAAACUGUGGAAGCAAACUGGUCGACUGAAUGAAAUGGGCGACGAGUUAUUUCUAGUGAAAGAUAGACACAAGCACAGUUAUGUAUUGAGUCCUACAUACGAAGAGUCCAUAACAAGUCUCAUUGCCGACGUGAAACCCCAAAAGAGUAAUUUACCCCUCUUGCUGUACCAAAUAUCGAAUAAGUGGAGGGACGAGAUGAAGCCCAGGCUGGGAUUAUUCCGAGGUAGAGAAUUCGUCAUGAAGGAUCUGUACUCCUUCGACGCGUCGACUGACUCCGCUGAAAGGACUUACGAGACUGUCGCUGAAGCGUACAGGAGCAUUCUGGAUCACAUCGGGGUGCCUUACUCAAUUGUAGAAGGAGACACUGGAAUCAUGGGCGGAAUUAUCUCCCACGAGUAUCAUUACCUCGCUGACAUUGGGGAGGACACUGUUGUGGCUUGUAAUGCCUGUGAUUUUCGGGUUAAUUCUGUCAUCUAUAAUGGCGAGACGUGCAAAAAGUGUGGAGGGGAGGUCACCAAAAAAUCUGCAAUCGAGAUUGCCCAUACGUUUCUGCUCGGUACAAAAUAUUCCGAAGUCCUUCAGGCAACGGUCCACACCCAGGAAGCAGAAAUCCCUCUGGUGAUGGGUUGUUACGGCUUAGGAUUGACUAGGCUCCUAGCAGCAUCCCUGGAGGUUCUCUCGACGAAUGAAGACCUCAGGUGGCCGAAGGCUCUGGCUCCCUACACAGUCUGUGUCAUCCCACCGAAGGAGAACAGCAAGGAGUCCCCAGCAGCUCAUUUCGCUGACGAGAUAGUGGAGAAUUUGGUGGAGAGGAACAUCGACGUGAUCUUCGACGACAGAACGCAAUUGACCAUUGGCAGGAGAAUGCUGGACGCCAAGAGGACGGGGUAUCCUUACGUUCUCGUCGUGGGGAGGUACUCCAUGCAGGAGAAUCCCUUGUUCGAGCUUCAUGAUGUCAAUGAGGGGCAGAGACAGGAUGUCAGUUUAGAUCAGUUGUAUAAUUUCUUUGAUAAUUCAGAGUCUAUGAAACAAAUACGAUCACAAAUUGCUGCUUGAAAUUGUGAAUUGAGGUACAAUAUUUUGUUUUUAAUUAAAAUAAUGUCAUGGAUUGUAUUGAGAUGGAAAGAGGAAUAAAAAUAAGUGAUUUUAAGUAA